AUGGUGACCAGAGUUCCUUCUUUUGCCGGACGACACGAGCUAAAUUUGAGAAAUUUAGUCAAUGGUCAUCACAUUCACAACUUUCAAUAUCAGCAUAUAACGUAUAAUAGUGCACAGAAAAGUCUGUUUCGUGUGUAUCACUCGUCUAAAGCCUCUUUUGGCAAUGCGGUGCAGAAUACCACGCCUAAUACAAAUUUACCAGCUGAACAUCCAGCAAUACCGCCGAUCAACUUUGAUCGCGAUCUUCUGAUAGACGUCCUAAAAACAACACCAAGCCAACGAGAAGCUCGUACGCUCGUUAAACGAUUCGCGAAUCCUGAGCAAAAUUCAAAUGAACAAAAGCAACAGCAAUCAGAGUCAAAAGAAAAACAUGAAGAGGUUCUCACCGGAAAAUCUUUAAAGCGUGUCAUGACAAAGCUAAAAUUCAUCGAUUCAUUAUUAACUCCUUCAGUUAAUCACAUUGCCCUGAUAAAAAUACAAGGGCCAUUGAAUGAGUUGAAUCGCAAAGACAUCGCGAAAACAUUACUACAUUUGCAAAAGUUGGGGUUGAUGUCGAUUGUGGUAGUUGGGAAUGAGGACUGGAAGGAGAUGAUUUUGGAAGGGUCAUCCAGGUUUCGAGAAUUGUUUCAAAAAAUGAUUAUCGAGGCUGGACUGAUUUGUGAUGCGAUCGAACAAAAUGGGGGUAGAGCCACGCCUAUAUAUAAUAGUGUUUUCACUAUUGAUAAAAAUUCACAAGAUUUUUCUGACUUGGAUACCGAGAAAAAAAUACGAACUACACGAUUUCCUGGCCUCGGAGAUAUAGACGUUUCAUUAGCUUGGUUGAAAUCAUCAUUACAACUCAGUCAGAUACCGUUAAUUCUUCCUAUUGUGAUAGAUAAAGCAUCAAAACAACAAGUUGUACGAGCAAAUACCGCGAUGAUUGCUCUCUCGCAUGCAUUGUCAAACCUCUCUGAUAUUGAUUGUAUAAAAUCACCAGAACUAGAACCCAUGAAAAUAAUAAUAAUAAAUUCCGAAGGAGGCAUUCCAUCGCAAGAACGUCGUGGAUCACAUGUAUUCAUUAAUAUACAAGAAGAAUACGAACAAAUCAAACAAGACUACAAAGUUAAUCCACUAUGGCAUGACACGCACCCAACAGGUCUCGAAAGUUUAGAUAUGAUGAAGAUUUGUUUGGAAAAAUUACCAUCUACCUCAUCGGGAAUCAUUGUGCCAGCUUAUGCGCCAACUGUCUUGCUCUCGAACCUUAUCACCGAUAAACCACUAUUCUCCUCUUCAUUACCGCUUUCUUCACCAACUACCCCAUGGACUACUACUACCAUGUUACGAGCAGGAAUGAAAGUUACACAUCAUCGUUCGUUCAACACUAUUGACAUCCUGGCAUUUAAAGCGCUUGUCGAAACUUCUUUUGGGAAGAAGUUAGAUUUAGAAAACUAUCUAAAAAGAAUGGAGAAAUGUGUUGAUACUAUUAUUGUUGCUGGUGAUUAUUCAGGCGUGGCCGUGAUGACCAUGGAAUCAGCUUCUGUGGAAAAGAACAAUAAUGAUGAUUUAAAUAGAGAUGUAGUUCCGUAUAUGGAUAAGUUGGCGGUUGAUCCGGGACACCAGGGAACUGGCGUGGCUGAUCUUGUGUGGAAACAAAUACAAAUAAAGUACCCGAAACUUAUAUGGAGGGCACGGGCUACUAAUUCUAUUAAUAAAUGGUAUUUUGAAAGAUCCGAUGGAAAUCUUCGAAUACCUGGUUCCCAAUGGAUGAUGUUUUGGUAUGGAAAUGAGGAAGACAAACGAAUAAAGCAGCAUGCAAAGAUAGUACAACAGAUACCAUCUUCUAUUAUUCGUUGA